AUAUACCCUCCACAUCUCUCCCCAUAUACCCUCCACAUCUCUUCCCAUAUACCCUCCACAUCUCUUUUUAUCUUCUUAACCCCUGAUGUCUCCAUAACCCUGUCCUCCAUCUCUAACAUACUGGUAUUUAGUCUACACCUCUUAACGUACUGGUAGUAGUCUACAUCUCUAACAUACUGGUAGGUAGUCUACAUCUUGAACAUACUGGUAGGUAGUCCCUCUCUCUCUCUCCCUUUCCCUCUCUCUCUCUCUCUCUCUCUCUGUAUGGAUGGGUACUGCAAGUGUGUUUGAGUACUGAACCAUAUGGGACUUAAUUUGAAGACAGAACUUAAUUAUCUCUCUCUUCUCUCAUUGUCUCUCUCUCUCCUCUCUCUCUCUGUCUCUCUCGCUCUAGUCUCUCCUCUGUCUUUUCUCUCUGUCUCUCUCUCCUCUCUCCUCUCUCUCUCCUCUCUAUCUCUCCUCUCUCUCUUUCUUUCUCUCUCUCUAGGUGUGGUCUAUGGAUGGUUACUAUAAGGGGAGGCGUGUAUUAGAGUACAGGACCAUGGGAGACUUCACUAGAGGACAGAAUUUUGUUCAGCACCUCUUACCUCACCCCUGGGCCGGGACAGGUCAUGUGGUCUACAACGGGUCACUGUAUUACAACAAACACCAGAGCAACAUACUGGUGCAGUACCACUUCCGAUCCCGUAACGUGGUGCUCCAGAGGAGUCUGAGUGGAGCAGGUUACAACAACACCUUCCCCUACAGCUGGGGGGGGUCUUCUGACAUAGACCUGAUGGCUGAUGAGACCGGCUUCUGGGCAGUCUACACCUCCAUACCUAACGCUGGGAACAUACUGGUCAGUCGGUUGGAUCCUCGUUCUCUCGACAUUCUCCAGAGUUGGGACACAGGGUUUCCUAAACGCAGUGCAGGGGAGACCUUCAUGAUCUGUGGUACCCUGUACGUCACCAACUCCCAUCUGGCCGGAGCUAAGGUCCACUUUGCUUACCACACCAACUCCUCCAGCUAUGAGUACACAGACAUCCCCUUCCACAACCAGUACUCUCACAUCUCCAUGAUGGACUACAACCCCAGAGAGAGGGCCCUCUACACAUGGAACAAUGGACAUCAGGUCAUCUAUAACGUGACCCUGUUUCAUGUUAUACAGAGCGAUGGAUAGAGGAGGAGAGGAGGGGAGGAGGGAGAGGAGAGGAGAGAGACUGACGGACUAUAUCUCUAUACAGAGAGAGGAGGAGGAGGAGGAGUGGGAGGGGAGUGGGUGAGAGACUGAUGACUAUAUCUUGAGAGGAAGAAGAGGAGGGGAGGAGGAGAAGGAGGACUGAUGGACUAUCUAUAGAGAGAGAGGAGGAGAAGGAGGACUGAUGGACU